GGGGGGGGGGACGGCGGGCGAGCGCGUGAGCGGCGGUGCUGUACUGCGUGGGGCCGCGGCCGGCCUGGCGGUAACGGUGCGGUCGCUCAGGCGGCGGCGUUUCCAAGGCUGGGAUGCGCAGUGCGUGUGAUGGGGGCGGCGGCGCUUCCGUGCACUCACGUUGCAAAGUUUGCUGUACUGCCAAGCAAGGCCCUGCCCUGUCUGCUCCCCCUGUGCUGAGUCCUUCUGCAGCAGUUCUAUAGAUUUCACCGAUUUUUUUUUUUUACUGUAUAAGAGAACGGUAUGUAUGUCACGCUGAGUGCCUGAGUGAAACUCAUCUUUCGUUUAAGGUGAGGAAAAAAUAUGACAGAGAAAGCACAUGGUGAUGAUUUUCCCCUUUGGGAUUCUCACAAGAAGAAGAAGAAGAGGAAACGCAGACGGUCCGAUGUGGGCCAUGAGAAUGGCAGCAUGCAGGAUGCAGAGCUCAGCUGCGCUUCUCCGCAGCUCUCUGAGGAUCACACAGCACAGAGCAGCGAAGUCUCUAAAAAGAAGAAGAAAAGGAAAAAGAAAAACAAGGGAGAGGAGCAGCAGCCUCUGUUGGAGAAUUCUGUGUCAGAACUGGAAGGUGAAGUUGGUGGUGAAGCUGUGAUGAGUGCUUCCCAGAGGAAGAAGAAGAAAAGGAAGCGGAAGCUUAGCGAGGGCACGGAUGGCCACAGUGAUGUGGACUGUGUCUCUGUGAAUCAGAACUGUGCUGAUAGCAGUCAGGAGGAUGAUGCUGAUGUGUGUUUUAAAAAGUCUGUUAAGAAGAAAAGAAAACGAAAGUUGCCAGAAGAGGAUGGGGUAAGCGAGUCGCCUGCUUCAGAAACACCUGGUAAAACUGGCAGUAAAAGGCUGAAAAAGAAGAAGAGAAGAGUGAGCCAUACCCAGGAUACACAGGAGGACACCGAUGUGACUGUUGACGAGUCACUUCUGACAUGUCCAGAGCAAAAGAAGCAAGGGGAGGACGUGGAGUCACCAUCCACCACAGGUGAGGGUGGUGUGGCAGCAGCGCAGUGCAGAGGCAGUGCCUGUGGUGCUUCUCCUGCUGUCAGUGAGGAUCCUACGGACGCACCCACUGAUUCCUCCAAACCUGCUGAAGAAGCUAAGAAGUCUUCUAGACGGGCUGCAAAGGUUAUAAAAAGCAGGACUUAUAUCACAGAAGACAGCUCUUCAGAUUCUGACGUAAUGACACCAGAAACCUCAACAUCAGAUAAAAAGGAGGACCAGAAUAAUUCGUUUACUGAAACCACAGCUACUGGUGAGCUCAGUGUGGAUGAUGAAGAGUUCCUGCACUUGUUUACAGUCUUGGAUUUAGAUACCGCAAAACAAGAACUGGGGGAGUUUAUUCCUCAUGUGGGUCAGUUGUCUGACCAUUCAAUCAGAAAAAUGGCUGGAAGAGACCUGUUGAGAUUUAAACAGUUUAAAAAACAAGGUAUUGCUAUCAAGUUUGGCAGAUUUUCCCAGAAGGAAAAUAAUCAAAUCAGGAAAAAUGUUGAAGAUUUCUUAUCAAUUACUGGGAUAGACAGUGCUGAAAAGCUCCUGUUUACUUCGAGGUAUCCAGAAGAGAAAGGAGCUAUCAAUCGCCUAAAAGCAGAGCAUCUUUUUUGUGAAAAACUUGCUGAGGGCAUACCACGAGCCUGGAGACUUAUAUAUUACCGAGCAAGGAAGAUAUUUGACCCAAAUAAUUACAAAGGGAGGUAUACUAAAGAAGAAAAAGAAAGAUUGAAGAGGUACCAUGCUGUCCAUGGCAAUGAUUGGAAGAAGAUUGCUGAGAAGAUGUCCCGUUCUAAUCUCUCUGUUGCCAUGAAAUACUCUGAAAUCAAAUCACCAAUUAAUUAUGGUCCUUGGUCAAAAGAAGAGAUCCAAAGGUUGAUGCGUGCAGUGGAGGAAGUGAUUAUAAAAAGAACAAAACUGGAAAAUGCAAAUUCUCUUUCCUCAUCCAAAAAAUCUCACAGAAGUCUCCAGAUUGACCGUGAGAAACUUUUCCAGAAAUUACCAUGGACUGAGAUUGAAACUAAAGUGGGCACUAGGUAUUGGAGACAAUGUAAGCAGAAAUGGACUUCAAUUUUAACCAACAAGAUUACCAAAGGGCAGCAGUUACACAGGGGAACCAAAGGAUUGCAAGCCAGCAUCAACCUUAUUAAAAGGUUGUAUGAAAUGAAGGUGGAGGAUGCUAAUGAAAUAAACUGGGAAGAACUCAGUGAUAUUAUUGGAGACGUUCCUGGAAGCUACGUUCAAGCAAAAUUCUACAAGCUAAAAGUCACCUAUGUUCCUUUUUGGCGAGCAAAGACUUUUUCUGAAAUCAUUGUUCAUCUUUUUGAAGAGACGCUGCCAGAACUUGAACAAAAGUUGGAAAAGAGGAAAAGGAAGCAGUCUAACUCUAGUGAUGCAACAGUCAAUCCAAAGAAGCAGGUUUUCCAACUCAGUGAUGUUUUUGACUCCAGUGAGGAGAGUGAUGACUGACUGCCUUAAAAACAAUGUAACUGCAUAUUUAACUGCCAAAGGGAUCUGCUGGAAAGGGAGUGCAGCUCAACAACUGCAGGUACACGGGCUAUGAAAUAAUGGAAAAGCAAGAAUAUAGGCAUAUCUGCUUUUCUUGUUUUAUACUGAAGACUGAUUGAAGAUACAGGCGUUUUCACGCCACCUUUUGUUACCAUAAUUUAGCUUUGUUUUAGAAGUCCUUUUCUAAUUGCAACCAAAUUUCUUUCUGAAAGUCUCAAAAAUAGAUAUUUUUUUCCACUGCUUUCUUUUCUGUGGAGUUAGAAACUUCGGUGUGAUCUUAACUCUGAAAUAUAAACACAUCUUCAGGCAUCUGUGAUGAUGGAAACAGCACAACUGUGUGACGUCUUAUGCUUUAAAGCAACUCAUUUUAUUCUCGUUGUAGAUUUAAGCUCUUUAAGAGAAACGAGAUUUUUCUCCAUUGUGAUCAUAAAUUGUAUCAUCAUUUCGUGUAAAUCAGAAUGAAACGUUCAAAAUGUUUUUAUUAAUAUCUGGAAUAUAGAGAGAAAACGGACUGUGUAUAUGUAUAUACAUAGGUAUAUAUAUGCACAUAAAUAUUUUUUUAUUGUGCCAAGGCGAGUUUUUACGUUUUGAUAUGAAAAUAGAAGGAUAAGGUGGAGGUUGCACCUCCUGUCUUUGUAUGAUCUCUUAAUAAUUUGCCUAAAAGUUAUUUGUAAACUGACUCAGUGAAUGUAAUAUAAUUUUACUGUGUGUAUAAAGCAUUUGUAUGGCCUGUUUAUAUUUCAUAUAUGCUGUGUUAGAAACAUACACAAAUUGGUUCUGACAUUAUGUUCUGUGUUGCUCAUUUUGAUAAGUGAGAAUUUAAUUGUCAACGAAAAUGCAAAAGUUUUAAAAGCUUUUGAAGUAAA